GGGGAGUGUGCUCAGUGGUGUAUGUGUGCGUGUUCUCGAUGCAGCCAGAGGAAGCCAUAUUAAUGGGAUUUUUAAUCUGGAGUUCUUGAAGAGGCAGGUCUUAUUUAAACUUUUGCCGCAUAGAAAAUUGUUUCAUACAUUUAUAACUGUUUAGGUUGAAUAAGAGUGACUGUUAAUGUUUUGUGCCUUGUGGGUAAACUAAGGUACAAGAGGCGACCCUUGUAAAUAAAAGUAUCUAAAUAAUGAGGUGAUGAUGCGUGUAAUUAUAAGCUCGCUAUCGUUGGAUUAACACAUUUUCCUGGAGAUAGGGUUGUCAGUGAAACUUCUUUCCAUUAGAACCCUGUAAAAAAAAAAAUAAUAAUAAUAAAUUGCUAUUUUGACACGCUUUUUCUCAAUUUAUUAUUUAUUUUUAACGAAGAAAACUUAAAAUGACGUAUACAUUUUAUGUUUCAAGUGAUAUCCUUAACCCUAAAAAAUUACCCCCACACACCCCACCCCCAUUAAAAAAUAAAUAAAUAAUUAAUUAAACAAUUUAAAAAAAUAAAUUAAUAACAAAAAUAAAUAAAUAAUAAUUCAUAAAGAAAUGACACACACACACACAUAUAUAAAUAUAUAUAUAUAUAUAUAUAUAUAAUAAGAAAUGACACACACACACACAUAUAUAUAUAUAUAUAUAUAUAAAAUCAAAGAUAUUGGUGAGGGUUGACAUAUAUCUGUCUUUCUUAAACAACCUCCACGUCACAUCAAAAAGGCCUGACUAGGAGUCGAAUACCAAUAAUUGCAUAGUUAUUUUAUGUUUAUACUUAAAACGAUGUUAUUAUAAAGUGAACAAAAUAUUUAUGUGGACCAAAAAAUGUGAUCACGUGACUAGGUUUCAUUAUUAAGCAAGCACCAUCUUGUUUGUGAGCUGGGAAAGUCGUGAACGGUUCAAAUAAUAUCAAGCAAAAAAUAAAGCACGUUUUAUUGGGAUGUGUAUUCUUUAAUUACAAAAAUAUAUUAAUUUUGUGGACAUUUUGAAAUUUUAUUGGCAAAUUUAUAAACGUUAAAAAUAUGUUGACGGAUGUGGCACGCUAUUUUAAGUCAUACAGUUCACACAUAUAGGGUUGGAUUUAGAUCACUUUAGACCAGGGGUCUCAAACUCAAAUCAUCCGGGGGCCGCAGGAGGUAGAGUCUGGGUGAGACUGGGCCGCAUCAAGUAUUCCAUUAAAAAGCGAUUACAAAUGCAAUAAAGUAAAACUGUUACAAUAUGCUCAACCUCAUUGAAUAACAAUUAAAAAUAUUAAGGGUUCUCAAGAACUAGGCUUCACUUUCUUCCUCCUACUCAUCGUUUCCAGAGACCUGAGAGCGCUUCUUCUUACACAGCUGAGAUACAUUUGGCUUGAGUGAGAAAGCAACUGAGACCCUCAGCAUAGCUUGAAGAUGCUCAUCAUUAAGUUUGACCCUGAACUUUGACUUGCUAAAGUUCAUAGUGGAAAAGAGCUUUUCACACAGAUAGGUACUCCCAAAAGAGGCACAUGAUCAGCUUGAACAACCUGGAAAUAUCAGGGAAGAUGGAGGGCAAUGCUCUCAUAAAUUGUCCACGCUUGUCUGUUUUUCCAUUCACCUCCCUGAACUUAGAAUUGCACUGAAGAUCAAUCAGCUCCGUUUGGGGCAUCUUCCACAUUAAAGGAGAAAGGGUAAGCAGACAUUUGAAAAGUGUGUGUUUUAAAGUCUGCAAACAUGUGAUAAAAUUCUUCCUGUAGCUUUACAAUGACAUCAGUAUACUCAUUACUAAAUUGUGUACCCGAGUUCAUGAGUACUUUGCAUGUUUUUUGGGGAAAUGGCAGACGUUUCUCAAAGAACAAUAACACAAGUUUUUUUUUUCCAGAAUGCCCUGACAUUGUAGUAGGCAACACUGACAUGCUGUCCCUGGUCUUGUAACGUCCUGCUGAGUACGUUCAGGUCCUCUGUAAUUUUAACAACCACCCCAACCACCCCAUCCUUCUCCAUGAAGGCUUUCAAUGCUAAAACGUGUUCAAAUAACAGGCAGUAGCAUGAGGCAAUAUUUAUGAAUUAUUGAUGCGAAGGAAUAUGUUAUUGUAGGGAGAAUGAAUGUAGCUUUUUUAUCGUAGAAAAUGACUUUUUGACAAACCCCAUAUUUUAAAGUGUCCAAGCUGACAGGCUCUGAAUUUCCCUCACUUGUAAAAACUAGAGGCAAUUUUAAUAGAGAUUCUUUGAUACUGUGUCAGGUAGUUACGAUUGACACAAUUAUGGUUGUGCAUAACCCUCUAACUGACUAUUUAAACGUUUCUCAAAACCGCACUCUUGCCGUGUUUCUCUCAUAAAAUACUAUAAAAUAAAAUCCUUUAGUCCGAUUAUAAAACGGUUAUUACCACUAUAAUCGACGUCCAAACCUAAACAAACAUAAUAAAAAUCGCAAUUAGACUAGUCGGUGAGAUUUGACUGAAACCGUUACAGAGGGUCACAUUAUAGAUAUGAGAAUGGGGAAAACGCGCGGGUCGCAUUAACAAUGAACUUUGCUCCGCAAAAUAUCGUCUUCCGGGCCGCAAAUGGCCCGCGGGCCGCGAGUUUAAGACCUCUGUCAUAGACAAUGAGGUGUGUGUGUAAGGCAGUGGUGGACGAACUGGGGUAAAUUACCCUAAAAGAGGUAAAGAUGAAAAUCUUGAUGGUAAUGAGGACUUAAUAGACAUAAAUAAAGUUAUAUUUGAAGAAUAAUUUUUGUUAAAAUUUUUCUUUCCUAGAAAUGCUGAAACUGACCUGUGUAAUAGCUAAACGCAGCCAAUAACUUGUGCUCACUAGCGUUUACAUCUCGUCUUGUAUAAAUCAUUUUUACACAUUCGCCUAUAUUAUCUUAUGAUCAGAAGCGUCACUAGAAUUGGUUCCACCCUAAUGAGGUUUUCUCUUGGUGUCGCUCCAUCUAAACUUAUCCAUGGACUGCCUCCGAGUCAGCCUGCCCUGGCGACACUCUGCUCUUGUGACAACCUGGUCUGGUGGUACCCUAGUGACAGCUGACACCUGAUCUGGUGGUACCCUGGUGACAGCUGACAACCUGCUCUGGUGGUACCCUGGUGACAGCUGACAACCUGCUCUGGUGGUACCCUGGUGACAACCUGAUCUGGUGGUACCCUGGUGACAGCUGACACCCUGCUCUUUUAUUAAACUCAGUUGUGUUAUAAAGCCAACUUGAUCGAAUUCUGUCAAAUUUACUAGUUUUCAUUUGGCGUGUAAACCCUGUUAGGGUGUCUACCCCCUGUGGGGGUGUCUUUUCUCUGAGGGUGUCUACCCCCUAUGAGGUGUCUACCCCUGUGAGGGUGACUACCCCCGUUAGGGUGUCUACCCCCUGUGAGGGUGUCUUUUCUCUGUGAGGGUGUCUAUCCCCUGUGAGGGUGUCUACCCCUGUGAGGGUGUCUACCCCCUGUGAUGGUGUAUAUCCCUUGUGAGGGGGUCUACCCCAUGUAAGGGUGUCUUAUCCCUGUUAGGGUGUCUACCCCCUGGGAUCGUGUCUACCCCUGUGUGUCUACCCCCUGUGAUGGUGUGUACCCCCUGUGAGGGUGACCAUCCCUUUGAGGGUGUCUAUCCAUUGUGAUGGUGUCUACCCCAUGUGUUAGUGUCUAUCCCCUCUGAGGGUGUCUAUUCCCUGUGAGGGUGUCUAACCCCCUGUGUUAGUGUCUAUCCCCUGUGAGGGUGUCUAUCCCCUGUGAGGGUGUCUACCCCCUGUGUUAGUGUCUGCCCCAUGUGGGGAUGUCUACCCCAUGUGUUAGUGUCUACCCCAUGUGAGGGUGUCUACCCCCAGUGUUAGUGUCUACCCAUGUGAGGGUGUCUACCCCCUGUGUUAGUGUCUACCCCUGUGAGGGUUUCUAUCCCCUGUGUUAGUGUCUACCCCUGUGAGGGUGUCUACCCCCUGUGUCAGUGUCUACCCCAUGUGAGGGUGUCUAUCCCCUGUGUAAGUGUCUACCGCAUGUGAGGGUGUCUAUCCCCUAUGUUAGUGUCUACCUCUGUGAGGGUGUCUAUCCCCUGUGAGGGUGUCUAUCCCCUGUUUUACUUUCUACCCCUGUUAGGGUGUCUAUCCCCUGUGAGGGUGUCUACCCCCUGUGUUACUGUCUAUGGGUGUCUAUCCCCUGUGUAGGUGUCUUCCGCAUGUGAGGGUGUCUAUCCCCUAUGUUAGUGUCUACCUCUGUGAGGGUGUCUAUCCCCUGUGAGGGUGUCUAUCCCCUGUUUUACUGUCUACCCCUGUGAGGGUGUCUAUCCCCUGUGAGGGUGUCUACCCCCUGUGUUACUGUCUACCCCUGUGAGGGUGUCUAUCCCCUGUGAGGGUGCCCCGGGUACGUCCGCUACCCCGCAUUGCCAGUGACGCUAUUACUGAUGCUGAAAACGUCCAGAGAUGCAAAGAACUGCCCUCGAGGAGGCACUCAAAAAGUUUCUGCCAUUUUCAGCAACUUUUCUUUGAGAAUUUUUCACUCAAACGAACUUAAAUAAAAUAAUAAAAAUCAAUUAUUCAACCUCAAAAAAAAAAAAAAAAAACAGUAACACAUUUUCAAUUAUUUAAAUAGCCUAUAAAAUUUAUAAAAAAAUUUCAGGUGACUUUUUCUCAAAGAAAACAUUUCUUCCACAAUGAAGAUUUUAGUAAUUUAUUUUAUGGAUUUAAGGAGGUAACUACGGGCUAGAAAGUAGUUAUUUUGGGGUAAUGGCUAAAAAAAAAAAGUUCCCCGAUCCUUGGUGUAGAGAAAGAAGGCUACCAAGGCUAUCAAGGCUACCAAGGCUCUCCAUAUUGAUACAAAUCAUUUAAAUUUUACAACAAAUUUCAUAUCUCCAUAUUCUUUCUGGAAAAAAGAUUGGUUAUUGACGUGAUCUGACCAAACUCCUACCGGAGAUACGUAACUUUCACUUAAAGGAUAAUAGAUAUAAUCAUGUCUAAAAAAAAGUAAUAAAAAAUCAAACACUUUAUGCCGAUAAAUUUCUGCGCGAACCGCCAAAUGUCUUGACAUAAAGUGUUUUGCGUCAUUGGAAGUUUUGAGGGGAAAAAAAAAGGAUCUCUUAUCAAUUUUUUGCGAAAGGCAUGGAGCCCAUUAUUCUAAUUUGUGUAGACCUCGGUAGACAGAGCACAUUCUGAUUGAGAUAAUGUUUUAACUUACUUGAUUUUACUGCUAAUUUUCUAGAAGAAAAAAGUAAUCUAAACCUUUAAUUUGUAAGUUUAAAAUUCAAAUGCCAAAUUUAGUUGUUGCUCAGCUAAAAAAAUAAAAUUUUCGAUGGUUGCCUAAAAGAAAGAGGAGUGUAAGAUUAUUGUUUCUUUUUUAAAGUUAGCAAAAAGUGAUGAAAGUGAAGACGAGUUUCCAGCCGUAAGGAAAAUUUAACGUCUCAAAGAAAAUGUAAUAUUUAAAAAAGGGGAUUACUUGUUUAGUCCUGACCAGAGUUUAAGUUAAUGGUUUGAAUUCUCAUUACAUUAGUUUCAAAAGAUGGCAACUGUUGAUGAAAGUAAUCAACCCACCCCCACCAACACACACACACCCUCAGACCCCACACAUACACACCCCACCCCCCCACAAUCGUUUUCCCCUUGUCUACGCAAGUUAGAAUUAAAAAUCCUUACGUUAGAAUAUCAUACACAAAAUUGUUGGAUAGUUUUUGUUUGAUGUCUCUCCCUCUGUGUUGUUUUCAAUUGAUAUAAAUCACCUUAUCACUAUAUCUCCCUAUCACCUUAUCACUAUAUCUCCCUAUCAUCUUAUCUCGAUUUACCCCACCCCAGAUAACUUCAGGACAAAGUUUUGAUAACGUUUGUUACAAGCUCCACAAAAUUUCGACCAUGGACGUUCACGACAACAGGCUGGUACAGGACUGCUCUGUGUUGAUUCAAAAGUUGAACUUGCAGACAAAAACUGAUACCGAAACAAUUACCAAGCACCAAAACCAUUUUCCAACGUAUUUUAGCCUCGGUGAUGGUGGGGCAAGGAAUCUCUUAUCUUCUGGAGAAAUGUCCAAAAGUCUGAGCUGUCUUACAGAACUUAAAUCCAAUGAGUCCAGAAAAGUGCCCACUGGGUACCCUAACAGUUCAAUUAACAAUUCCGACAGCUAUUUGAUUUCCCAAUCAAAACAUGGGAAACCACCACCGAAGCCCACAUCGUUGUCACUAGCAGACAGUGCAUUCGGACAGCACAUGAAUGGGGUUAAACUACCGGCACAAACAUCCCCUGGGCUGACGUCAUACACCUCCACACUCCCAGCGGUCCCACUCCGAUCCUCACAGAAUCAUCCAGAUGUGUCAAGACGGAUGAGUCAGUUACCGGAUGUCGUCCUCGCUACUACCCUGCGACAGACAGCAUCCAUACCCUCAUCCAAGAAACCACCAGUGCUGCCUCCACCCCCUGCCGCCCACCUGCCACCGUCUCUACCUUCUCGACCCCCGGCGGCGGCGCCCCGGUUCCUUGGCUCCCCGUCUCAAUUCAUUCCUUACAGGUCCGACUCGUGCCUAUCGUCCAGGGGGCCAUCAAACUUGUCGACGCCGGAGACCAAAAGGCGAUCCCGACCUAAUUUUCCAAAUUUGAACACACUUUUUCGAUCUUCUGGAACAAUCAAGAUUGGGAACGCGCCCACCCCGAUACCUCCAUCUCCACCGCCUCUGACCAGGCUUCAAAAUUCUCCAACAGAAACUUCAAAUCUGAAAACGGCUGUUCACACGCCAUUGAACUCAAUUGUUCCUACGAUUGAGAUUACUCCAGCGCCUAUCAUGUAUAUAACGACGUCCUCAAGUGUAUCCAGCACGUCUAGUGACGUGGAAGAUGACGUAGAGUUUGUGCACGACUCCGAUGUUGCCUCGAUCAGUGAAUGCGACUCUCAAAAAAUCCCGCAGGACGAAAUUUUUAUGAGACAAUCGUGUCAUGAGUUGGUGAAGUGUAGGUCAAGGUCGGGUUGGUUUUUCAAGAAAAAGGUAAGUACUUAUAACUAAUUGCACAUAACACAAUUUCGAACAGCAUCUUUUUUAUAAACUUUAAAAAAAAUCAAUGUAUGUAAUAGACACAACAAGAAAAGUAGUUUAAAACAUGCAACUUAACUAAAAUGAUUUUAAAACUAAUUAUUGAAAGGAAAGGUCACGAUACAGCCUUCAUGGGUGAGACAGGAGGUUUAUUUUUGAAAUAUUGCAGAGACCCUUGGCCGUCUUUUCUCUACCCUCGUUCUCUAACUACUUUAUGUGGAUGGUAACCUCGUUCACUCUGUCUCUCGUACUGCAACAAUCAGGUAAUAACACCUGGAUGGUUAGCCUUUCACUUUAAUGAUCUGCUAUACUGUUCACAAUCAAGACCUUGGAACUCUGCUCUGACUGUCUCGGGUUGUCUCUCUAUUUCGUUACUAUCUUCUCACGUCUAUUUGCUACUCUGUCCGGCUUCUACUGUCUAACGAUCCCCUUUAAUAAGUCCACGAAUUAGUUGUGACUCUUGAGAGAUUACUUCCCAGUGCUAAUUUAUUAACCUAAUGCUUCCCUCCGUCUCAAUGGACAGCAGCUAGCCAGUCCCCUUGCUUUCUGUCUUGAUUUAUUUUAGUGUCACUGUCAAAACCGUGGUUGCAGCGUUCGUUGCUAGCUUGAUAAGCAUUAUAGACAGUCUGAUGCGCUUGGUCAUUGGUCAGCCAUCGAACUGUGGGCCUCCCCCUCACCCCUGCACCCUUGACCUCUACCUUCCAAUGUCUUGAUUUAUCUGCUGUCACUGUCAAAUUCAUGCUUCUUCCUGAGAUGGCUAUCUGAUUCGCAUGUUAAUUAGUCAGCCAUCGAACUGUGGGCCUCCCCCUCACCCCUGCACCCUUGACCUCUACCUUCCAAUGUCUUGAUUUAUCUGCUGUCACUGUCAAAUUCAUGCUUCUUCCUGAGAUGGCUAUCUGAUACGCAUGUUAAUUAGUCAGCCAUCGUACUGUGGGCUCCCCCACCCAUGUACCACCCAGGCUCCCCCACCCAUGUACCACCCAGGCUCCCCCACCCAUGUACCACCCAGGCUCCCCCACCCAUGUACCACCCAGGCUCCCCCACCCAUGUACCACCCAGCCUAAACUCUUUACAAUACUCCCUUCUUACAAAAACAAUGUCGUCCCGACAUUUCGUAACAUCCUCGCUACAAUUCCUUAUGACUGGUCUCUAAAUGGCUUUAAGUGACUUGGACCAUCAGCAUUUAUUUAAAAACAGCUCACAGUAAUGCACGCGACGCCAUUCGCUUUGAUUCAAUUGCUUCUAGUCGUCUCCCCUCAUUAACUACGCCUACCCACCCCUUUAAUUCGACAAUUGGACUAAAUUGUCACCCCAUUCACGGUCUCCUAAACAGUUAUGCUCAAGGUCAGAGUCAGUUUUGGAUCACAGUCAGAGCGCCUAGUACAUUCACAACAAUCAGACAAUGAUCGUUUUACAACAUUUAGAUAAGGAAUAAUACAACAUCUAGAAAAUUAAUUAAGACAUAAAGUUGAAAACCAGAUUAAACCAAAAAAAUAAAAAUAAAAUUUAACAAUAAUAAUAAUAAAGUUUAUUUGAAAAUCACGCUUCAUCCCCAAAUGCUCGAAGCGCGGUGCAUAGUCUAGUAUAUUAAAAGAGAAAUGAAACAAUCUAUAACAUACCACAUUGAAAUACAAAAUGCAACAUUGCGAAAAAUAUAUACGAGAAAACCCAUUUUAAGUCUUUCAUAUCUAACAACCAUAAACAACACAAGCCAAUACACAUCCACAAGAUAAUAGCUAGAUAGACAACAUCAUCCCAGCAGGUAUUUGUGAAAUAUAUAUGUCUUCAAAUCAGUUUUGAAAGAUUCCAGUGACUGGCUGUUUCUGAGAGCGACAGGAAGGGUGUUCCAAACUGUUGGGCCAGCAAAUGCGAAAGUGCGCCCCUCGUAGGUCUCAAGGCGAACACGUGGUUUCGAGAGUGUGCCCUAUCUAGAGACCGACCGAAAGUGGUUUUCUGAUUUCGGCCGAGGCCGAAAAUAGGCCGAAAGUUUAAAAUGACUUUUCGGCCAAAACCGAAAAAAUGUCGAAAGUUUAAAAAUGACUUUCGGCCAAAACCGAAAAAAGGCCGAAAGUUAAAAAUGAAUUUCGGCCGAAACCGAAGCCGAAUCCGAAACCGAAAAUGAAAUAUUAAGAUAUUUUGAAAUUCGUUCCCGCAUACAUUCUGCAUUGAUCGAAAAUGAUGUGAGAAAGUAUAAAUAUUUAUAUUCUUUUUAUAAAAAAUGAGAUAAUCGUGAAUAUUAAUAAAUACACAUCUAAUAUAGGGGUCUCAAACUCGCGGCCCGCGAGCCAUUUGUGACCCGCAAGACGAUAUUUUGCGGCCCGCUACAUAACAGAAAAGUUUAGUGUAAAUGCGCCGGCCCGUUUCCCCCAUUCUCAUAUCUAUAACGUGACUCUCCGCGACAGUUUCAGUCGAAUCUCACCGACUAGUCUAAUUCUGAUUUUUUUUUUUUAUGUUUAUAUAUAUUUUUGUAUGCCAGGUCUCUGGCAAAAGUGAGUAGUUCUUGAGAACCCUUAAUGAUUUUAUUGUUAUUUAUAAAGGUUGAGCAGAUUGUAACAGUUGUAAUCGCUUUUUUGUGGAUUACUUGAUGCGGCCCACUCUCAUUCAGACACUACCUCCUGGCCCCCCCCCCCCUUCCCGGAUUUGAGUUUGAGACCCUUGAUCUAAUGAAUACUUUGGAUUUUACCAUUUUAAUAUAAAAGUAAUUUGAAUUGCUUAACAAUUUUUAAAAAAUUAGUAUGGUAGGAGAAAAUUUGACAAUUUGUGGGGGGGGGGGGGAGGAGGAGGAGGGGAAAUUAAUGCAAAAUAUUAUUUGUUUAAACCAGGACACUCUUAAAAAAUGUGGUUCUAAAAGAUCGCUUAAUUUGUUUUUAAAGAUCGUUUAGUUGGUUGUUAUUGAUCGGUUAGUUUCUUCUUAAAGAUCGAUGAGUUUGUUCAUAAAGAUCGCUUAGUUUGUUGUUAAAGAUCGUUUAGAUUGUUGUUAAAGAUCGUUUAGAUUGUUGUUAAAGAUCGUUUAGAUUGUUGUUAAAGAUCGUUUAGUUUGUUGUUAAAGAUCGUUUAGUUUGUUGUUAAAGAUAAUUUAGUUUGUUGUUAAAGAUCGUUUAGUUUGUUCUUAAAUAUCAUUUAGUUUGUUGUUGAAGAUCGUUUAGUUUGUUGUUAAAUAUCGUUUUGUUUGUUUUUGAAGAUCUUUUAGUUUGUUCAUAAAGAUCGCUUAGUUUGUUGUUAAAGAUCGCUUAGUUUGUUGUUGAAGAUCGCUUAGUUUUUACAUAAAGAUCGCUUAGUUUGUUCUUAAAGAUAACUAAGUUUGUUCCUUAAGAUCUAUUUGUUUGUUCUUAAAGAUCUUUUAGUUUGUUCCUAAAGAAAAUUUAGUUUUCUGUUAAAGAUCGAUUAGUUUAUUCUUAUAAAUCAUUUAGUUUACUAUUAAAAAUCAUUUGUUUUGUUCUUAAAGAUAAUUUAGUUCGGUCUUAAAAAUCGUUUAGUUUGUUCUAUAAGAUCGUUUAGUUUGAUAUUAAAGAUCGCUUAGAUUGCUCUUAAAGAUCACUUAGUUUGUUUUAAAGAUCGUUUAGUUUGUUCUUAAAUGUCCCUUAGUUUGUUGUUAAAUAUCGUUUAGUUUGUUCUCAAAGAUCGCUUAAUUUGUUCUUAAAUGUCGCUUAGUUUGUUGUUAAAUAUCGCUUUCGCUGAGUAUUAAAUGACCGAAAACCUUAGUCACUUUCGGCCGGAUGGCCGAGAGUCUAAGACAAUUUCGGCCAAAGCCGAAGAAAAACCGAAAGUUAACUUUUCUCUUUCGGCUGAAACCGAAAUUAAGCCGAAAGUUAACUUUUCAGUUUUGGCCAAAACCGAAACUUGGCCCAAAGUGAUAAAAUGGCCACUUUCGGCGCCGAAAUCGAAGCCGAAAUACGGUCGGUCUCUAGCCCUAUCAGAUGAGCGGAGUUGUCUAAUGGGUACCUAAGGCGUCACCAGCUCUUUGAGAUAGGACGAUGCCAGGUCAUGGAAGCAGCGGUAGCACAGAGUUGCAAUUUUGUACUCUAUGCGAGCGCGGACCGGCAGCCAAUGCAACUCUCUCAGAAGUGUUUUAGCAAGGUCAAAUUUGCGUUUCGAAGAACAAUGCGAGCCGCAUUAUUCUUUGCUUUUUGAAUUUUAUCUAGGAGCCUAGCUGGAAGACCCACCAUAAGAGCAUUGCAGUAGUCCAUGCGUGAUAGCACGAAUGCAGACAUCAGCUUCUUUGAUGCAUCUAACGUUAAGAAAGGUCUGAUAUGACUAAUUCUGCGAAGCUCUAGAAAAAUAGCCUUGCAAAGUAUGUUAAUGUGAUUUUCCGAAGUUAGUGUUCUGUCUAAAUAGACACCCAGGUCUCGCACUGUUUGAGCAAACUCAACUGCAUACCUGAGAGAGUAAGCGUUUGUGUGUUACUUAUAUAUUUUAGCUUUUGAGCGGUACCAAUGGGGAUCAGCUCGGUCUUUUCAUCAUUCAGUUUAAGCGUGUUUAUAGUUAUCCAGUACUUAACUGACUCAACUGACUUCUGUGUCAUACUAAGAGCCUGAGUGAACUGAGAGUGGAUCACAGAUUGCCGAAGUUGGGUGUCAUCCGCGAACAUGUUAUAUAGCAUGUUAAACUGCUUGAUCACUGCUCCCAUGGGCUGAACGUACAUUGUGAAAACAUGUUCAGUAUAAUAUCAGAAUCUAAUACAAUAUCAAUGCAAGAACAAUAAUUGUGAUCAGUAUACAGCCGCAACUAGCUCAAAGCCUUCAAUGUUAAUGUCACUAAGAUUCACCGAUAACAUUUUAUACAUUAAAAAAAACCAAAAAAACAACUGCAACUCAAAAUAACAAUAAUCAUAACAUAAUUAGAACAUUAUCCCUUUAUAACAUUGAUGCAACUGUCCAGCACAAGUGUCUCGAGAUACAAUAAAACAACAUUUAUUCACUAUAAAUCUAUUCUUUAAAAAAAGAAUGUCAUUGUUACGCACUGCUGUCUAUAGGGAAACAUUAUCUCCUAUUUUCAUGCAUGGCUCGUUCCAGAACAGUGCUAAUUACAAUUAAUUAAUAAGAUUAUAUUUAGUGAUCAAUAUAAUUAUAAAAUAAAAUAAAUAUAAUUAAAAUCAUCAACUUACAGAGUAUGGUUUUUCUUGUACCGGUACACUGUUAAUACAAUGUGCCAAAAAUAUAGUAACGACGAUGAAUACGGAUACACACAUAUAAGUAAACACAGAAUAACACACUCUUGUCUCGUAAAGUAAAAACAUCUCGUGAUCUCUCCCUCUAUGCUCUCUGAAUCCCCUUAAAUAUAUAUAUAUAUAUAGUCGGUUCUACCGACGCAUCUGGAAACGCCUUACACAUUGUUUCCCUUUCCAGUUCACUCCCGAUCUUUCCACAAAAUUAUAUUUGAACAGAUGAUUAAUUUUUAGUUGGUAGUGAACAAGGCCAAGAUCAAAGGGAAGACUAUUCUUGGUAAGCCACACCCUAAUAGUGUUGAAAAUAUUCUCCUUCUUCUAUAUCUUAAAGGCCCACGAUCAAUUUAUUGAUCAUUUUGGCUCCUAUGCAUGUAGAUGGGAUUUGCAAUGUUUCUGUUACUGGUGGUGAUGAGGAAAUUAUGCACUAGGGGUUUGAAGGCUUGAGGCAAUAGACACAAAUGUGUCUAGUGUUGUCGCCUCAACUGUUCCUUUUAAAAGAUGGUUCCAGUCCCUGAUUGUCUUGGGCAGGAAUGAGCAGCUCCUAUACUGGCUUCUUGCUGGUAUGAGCCUGAAUUGCCUGUCAUGGCCUCGUCGCUGUCUAUGGGGGAGAGGGACGAGUUUCUGUUUAAUACUGGAACAGUGGACCAGCCCAUUAUUUAUCUUGUACAUCAUGGAGAGCCUGGAUUGUCGUCGUCGUUUCUCCAAUGGUGACCAGCCUAGUGUUUCUAGCAUGCUGCCAACACUAGAGGUAUUCCUGUAGCGGUUUAGGACAAAGCGAGCUGCUCGUCGCUGGACCGCCUCCAACCUGUCAAUGCUCUUCUGGGUAAAUGGGUCCCAGACUGAAGAUGCAUAAUCUAAAAUCGGACGGAUAAAGGCUUUAUAUGCUCUUUCUUUCACACAGGAGUUGCCAAUCUUUAGAUUUCGCCUUAAGAACCCUAGGGUCUUGUUUGCUUGGUUAUAUUUAUUGUUAAUAUGCUCGUCCCAGCGGACCUCUCUUUGAAUGGUAACACCCAGGUACUUUACGAAGGAAACUUGCUCAAGAAUAUGGCCGUGCAGUUUGUAUUGGUAGUGUAGUGUAUUAAGUUGCUAAGGUACUUCACUAGGAAGAUAAUCAAACAACAGAGGCAACCAUCAAGGUUAGUUCAACGUUUUAUUAUAGGAGAACAACAUGGAGUCCUACCAACACGGAGCACUCGACAAGACAGCAUAAAAACAUGACGUCACUAGACAAUUAAUAAUAUGGUGUGCAAAACAAUGCGCAAUUUGCAUUCAGCAUUUUGUAAAUUUCCAACACUCCUUCUCAAAAUACUAAAUAAAGCUAAUUCAUUGGUUUCACACCAAUCAUGUCUCUAAGUAUCUUGAAUCUUUGCUGAUACAGUCCCUUAGUAAGGAUAUCAGCUAUCAUUUGUGCAAGCAACCGAGCUUCAAACUAUGUCUCUCAAUUUGUCUCUCAGCCUUUACUUUGAUCAUAAACACUCAUUUGCUUCCUACAGCUUUUCUUCCUUCUGGCAGUUCUAUUAAGUCCCAGACUUCGUUUUCUUGAACUCGCCAUGGCCUGUCUCGCUGUACUGGGUUCUUCCAGAUCCCGAGCCAAGUUUAACAACUCCGCAUAUCGUUUUGGUGGGCGUUUAACUCUCGCUGAUUGUCUGACAUCUAGCUCCUCAUCUGGUUCAUCAACACCUUCAUCAUCAGGAUCAUCAACACGAUUCACUUCUUCAUCGACGUCAUUAUCAAUGAAUUCCCGAAACACAGGUGUUGAUUUCUGAGACAUUCCAGUCUCCUUCUCAAGUCCGAACGUGUUCUCUACUUCUUCAUCGUCGUCAAUGAAUUCCAGACAUAUAGGUGUUGAUUCCUGAGAUAUUUCAGCCUCCUUCUCAAGACCGAACUUGUUUUCAUUAAACAGAACGUCUCUGCUGUAAAUCACCCGAUUAGUUUUCAAAUUGUAUAGGCGAUAACCCUUGACAUCGAUUCCGCACCCCAGAAAAACGCAUUUCUGUGUUUUUGAAUCGAACUUUUGUCUUUCAUCUUUAGGAAUAUGUGCAUACGCAACACAUCCAAACACUUUCAGGUGAUCGACACUUGGUUUCGUACCAGUAAACACCUCAGAUGGUGUAGUAUCUUGAAGAACGUUAACAGGACUUCGAUUCUGCAGAUACACAGCUGUUGACACUGCUUCUGCCCAGAAUUUUCGUGGGAGCUGUGCCUCAGCCAUCAUGGAACGUGCUGCUUCCACAAUAGUCCUGUUCUUCCUCUCUGCUACUCCAUUCUGUUCUGGUGUUUUCGGAACAGUCAGUUCAUGACGGAUCCCUUCUUUCUUUAAAUAACCUUCAAAUUCAUUUGAAAUAAACUCUCCCCCGUUAUCGGUGCGUAGGGCCUUAUGAUUUUUUCCAGUUGACUUCUAUACCAUCACUUUCCAUUCAAGAAAACACUUAAAGACCUCAUCCUUGUGCUUAAGGAUAUAAACCUAAGUGUAUCGACUGAAAUCGUCAAUAAAAGUAAGUAAAUAGUGAGCUCCACCAAGCGAUUGUGUGCUGACCUUCCCGCAGACAUCACUGUGAACCAGGUCAAGUAUCCCAUUUCUUACCCUUACACUUGACGGAAACUUGGUCCUGUGAUGUUUGCCCUUUGCACAUGGUUCACACAGUUCCCUAUUUGACCGCUCAUCCUACUCUAGACCAUCCACUAGAUUUCCUACAGCCAACUUCUUGAGAUUUUGAAAACCUAGGUGUCCGCAGCGUCUAUGCCACAGUUCCUCACUUGUUUCUUUACCUCCGUUUGCUGUAUUACAUUGAUCUUCAUUGGCAUAAUGACACAAAUGGUACAAACCACGUGACCGCACUCCCUGUGCCAGAAGUUUACCGUUAUUAUCUUUUAUUUCACAACCUUUGAUAUUGAAAUAAACUUUCUUUCCAGCCUCAAUUGCAUGGUCAACACUGAACAGAUUACACUUGAGUUCAGGCACAUAAAGCACAUCAUGCAGCGUGCAUUCUUGGUGCUUAUUACCAGGCAACUUCAUCCUUAGUUUGACAACACCACAGUCAUGUGCCUUCAGAUUCCGUCCAUCUCCGAGUCCUAUAUUCAGAGGCUCUUCCAAGUUUGACAACUGGACAAAUUCAGAUCUCCUGCAACACAUAUGAUUUGUUGCUCCAGAAUCAAUAAUCCAUGUCACGACACCAUUGCCUGUAGUUAAGGCAUGCCGGACCUCAUUAACAGUCCAACACUUUCAUUACUUGAGCAUCUCUUAGCCUUAAUCUCAGUGUGAUUUGCCUUAUUUUGUCUGUAAAUAUGUUUGCCUGAUUCUUGCCUUUUUAACUCAGGACAAUCUCUUUUAAUGUGUCCAAUUCUCUUACAAUAAUAACACUGGGGUCCUUUCUUAAUUGUCUUCUCCUUCGACACAAGUGCUCUACUUGGUACUUCUUCCCUUCGUUGUGAUAUCUUUCGCUCUUCGUGAAGUAAUCGUUCAGUUACAAGUUCCAUCUUUGGAACUUCUGAGCAAGCCUCAAGAGCUGUUACCAACAUAUUGUAGGAGUUGGGAAGGCUAGCAAGUAGGUGAACCACCCUGUCUUCUUCAUCAACGGCAUCUCCUACCACUGCAAGCUCGUUGAAAAUCUCUGUUAGAGUUUUAAUGUGCUCAUGCACAGAGUCCCCAUCAUUCAUUCUAAUUGUAAGUAAUCUCCUUCUCAGCGCCAGUCUGUUAGCCCAUGUCUUCUUUUGAAACUGAUCCCUCAGUUUUUCCCAGACAAUCUUGGGUUCAACUGGAUUCCCGAUUAAAUACAACAAUGAAGUGUCCAACGCCAACACAAUGAUAGCCAAAGCCCUAUCUCUCCUUACAGUAAAUUUAGCAACCUUCUCCGAUUCAGCUUCGUCAGGUGCAAUUUCAGACCCAGUAACAAUCCCCCAGAGUCCAUCCUUCAUCAAGGCCAUCUGGCAUUGAAUUUUCCAGGUCGAAUAAUUUGCACCAACAAGAGGAAUGAUGCUUGUGUUCAUGUUUGCCAUUCCGGUAAUUCUGGGAACACCGAUUCCGAAUACAAACCACACAAAAAUCGAAUCAGCAACAGCUUAGCACAGGAUAACGCUACCUGGGCCCAUAACCUGUUGAAAAUAUUAAGUUGCUAAGGUACUUCACUAGGAAGAUAAUCAAACAACAGAGCAACCAUCAAGGUUAGUUCAACGUUUUAUUGUAGGAGAACAACAUGGAGUCCUACUUACAUGGAGCACUCGACAAGACAGCAUAAAAACAUGACGUCACUACACAAUAACUAAUGUGGUGUGCAAAACAAUGCGCAAUUAGCAUUCAGCAUUUUGUCAAUUUCCAACAAAUAGUAGUGCAAUGGCUGCUAGAGCACAUGACGUAAACACGUCGUCUACAUAACAGUCAUCAUAUAAAAUGAAUUUAGGCGUCCCCACUGUCGUUAACACUCGAAGCUUCUUGCAGAACGCUUGGAAGCUCCGGAGUGUCUCCUAUCAAGUUGUCUCUUAGGCAAAUUGUUUGUAAAUUUAAAAUCCAGUCUGGUGGAUUGUUGUCAUAAUAGGGUUUUAAUUGGUCAUGGUGAAUUAUUCUUGCCUACACCUUUCCCUCUCCUCGAAUUUCAAAUAACAGAUCAGUAAAUUUUGGACUGACUAAGAAUGAUCUGCGGCAUUUGCUGGGGUUCAAUUUUGGGGUUCGACCCCCCUGUUUAGUUAAAUCCAUACAGAGAACUACGUCCCCACGUAGGAGGUAUGUUGUACGCCCGAGUGUCGUGGUCUCUUUUCUGACGCUGUUCUGCUGUCUUAAGAUGUUUCCUGGCGGUGGCAUAAAUGUCGUCCAACUUUUGUUCAAGUUUCCAAACGUACUCCAGUACGGUUUGACCGAGACAUUUAUGGAGCCCCGAUGGACAGGUGCAUAAGCUGGUAGAGCUCCCGCCCAAACAUUAAAUAAUUGGGACUGUGGCCAGUGCUGGGAUGUUGAUGGUUUCUGUGCGCAUUGCUCAACAGUGGGAGGUGGACGUCCCAGACCUUUUGAUUCUCUGAUACGAAUGCAGAUAUCAUCUUAAUUAGCAACGAGUUAAAACGUUCGACCUGUCCGUUACUGGCUGGAUGGAAAGAUGAUGUCCUGAUUUGCUUAAUGUCUAGUAGUUCCAUUAUUCGUUUUAACAAUUUACUUUUAUAAUUGGAUCCUUGAUUUGAAUGCAACUGUAACGGGCAACCAAAAAUCGAGAAGAAUUGGUUUACCAACAUAGCGGCCGUUGUUUCUGUUGAACGGUCAGGAAGAGCAUAUGCCUGGGUGUAUUAAGUGAACGCGUCCACUAUUACAAGAAUGUAUCUAUUGCCAGUAUCAGUGACGGGAAAAGGACCAAUGAAAUCAGUGCACACUCUUUGUAAUUGGGAUCCUGUAAGAAAAGACUGUAAUCUGGCUGAGCUGUUGGCUUAAGGACGUUUGGUGUGCUGACAGAUAGAACAGUUAUGUAGGCCAUUCGUGCAUAUCUUGCAUUAUGUCUGAGAUUAAAAAAUAUUUAUUGAUUUCCGAGGGGUGGGGGGGGGGGGAGGAGGCAUGCGUUUAAAUUUAGAACUUUGAAAACUUGCAUAGUUCGCUAUAAUAAUAACAAUAAUAAUAAUAAGUGGUCUUAUAUAGCGCGGUACCCCAGCUAUAACUAUAGCAAAACCAUUUACCAAGCUCGCUGUAUUUCUCACAGACGUCAACCACUACUGAGAGCUGGGACGUAAAACAGAACAUCUUCCCGCCAGAACUGGAUUCUAUUCGCAACCGCUCGAUGUCCGUUGCUGACGUAAUCACAAACGCUCUGGUGGUAUACCGAAUGUCCAAAUCUGGUCAGUACUUAUCUUGUCAUGUCGGCCAUAGUCAGAUUCUGGCGCAAGUAGGUGGGGGAUGGAGAGGGUGUACGUCGCAACACCCAAGUCCAUUUGCUGGUGUUACACAGGAGACGCAUUAUUUAGUGCAGUAUAUGAAAACCUGCGAUGUCCUGUAAAUGCAUGGCUGGAGGUCAGUGAGGUUAAGGGAGAGUGCCAGGACCCACUUACACCUCGGAGCCCAAUGAUAACCAGACCUUUAGCAGGGUUUAAAUAUGUAAUAGAUACCACUCACAUUAAGGUGUACCAGCGAAGAAAAAGAAAUGACAGUGAAAUUAACCAAGAGACUCGAAAAGAGGUUUUCAAAUUAGUAGGGCACACGAUAUAGAUACGCCUCACUGUGGUUAAGAAACGUUAGACCAGGUGUCCAGCAAAUUAGGAGAACGAUAAAGUUGUAAGGAAAAGAAAUUGGACAGAUGUGUCAGUGUUCAUCCGAAAUGUAGCGAGCAGACACAUCAAUCAGAUAUUUAAAUAAAGAUAAUCAUCUAUAAAUUUUUAAAAUCAUUUAAUACAAUAAAUUAAGAUGUAAAAAAUGGCAUUAAUAUUUGUUGUUCUCUAUGGCUGUCAAGUUACAAAGGGCAAGAAGAUGCCAUCUAACAUUCAGGCAAACCUUCCUAAGCCAAGACAGUGCAGCCAAUGUGGCCGCCCCUUUGGUAUCCUUAGUGCCAGAUACAACUGUGCCAGGUAGGUGGUAACAUUUAAGAUCAACUAUAUUUAUUUAUGGAUUUACAGUAAAUGACCUCUCCUUUCAACACCCCCCUUCCCCCCCCCUCCCACACACACACCACACACACAUGCACGCAAACUCCCUUUUAAAAUAAUUCACUAAAGAAAAAAAAAAAGAGGGAGAUAAGGCUAAUUUUAAAAUCAUAAGAGCUGGCGAAAUGGACGAUCGUGCAGUUUGAUUCGGGCAUGGAAUUAUAGGACCAAACAGAUAACAGGACAAAAAACAAGGACGUUUCGGCAUAGAGAUGUUUUUUGUCCUGUUAUCUUAUUCAAGCUUCACACAUACCUCGUUUUGCUAUUUCAUUUAUUUCCUGUCUACGCUAUCAUACGCUGUUGUCUAGUCCACAUAGAGUUGUUGUAUGUUGAAGUUGUGUUCGUAGCAUUUCUCCAGGAUGCAUCAAAUAGUAAAAAUAUGAAAGUCUGAAAUGUCUUCUUCCAAAUUGCCUGAAAGCAACACUGAAUUUAUAGAUGCAACAUCCAUUUUGAUUUUCUUUUAAAAUUAAGGCCCCUGCCCCUGCUUUUGCUCAAUACUCUUCGGCAUCCUUAAUUUCUGCUACCCUUUCCUUGUCGACGAUUAAUGUGACAUUACGAAGUUGAAUCUUAGCUUGCGCCAAAUGAUUGUCUUGGGGCGCAACCACAACCGGAAUGAUUUAGCUAUGUAUGGCAUUUUGAUUUCAAAUAAUCACAAGUUUUGUGGUUUGAGUUAUUGGCGUCCACGAUUUCUGUCCCAUAUCCCGAUAACAAUUCCAGUAUUGCUUGCCCUGAUCGCCAAUUUCGGUGCCAAUCUAUCCACUUCCCAGCGGCGUGCCUAGUUUUAGCGCCACCCUAGGUGGGUUUAUGUUUUUGUCGUGCUGUCUUUCACGAUAUAAAAUUUGAAGUUGUCCGAAAAUGUCGCCGCUCAGAAUACCUUAUUUCACGGACUAUAAGACGCUACGGACUAUAAGAUGCUACGGACUAUAAGACGCUACGGACCAUAAGACGCUACGGACUAUAAGAUCCUACGGAUUAUAAGACGCUACGGACUAUAAGACGCUACGGACUAUACGACGCUACGGACUAUACGACGCUACGGACUAUACGACGCUACGGACUAUACGACGCUACGGACUAUACGACGCUACGGACUAUAAGACGCUACGGACUAUACGACGCUACGGACUAUACGACGCUACGGACUAUAAGACGCUACGGACUAUACGACGCUACGGACUAUACGACGCUACGGACUAUACGACGCUACGGACUAUACGACGCUACGGACUAUAAGACGCUACUGAAUAUAAGAUGCUAAGGACUAUAAGACACUACGGACUAUAAGAGGCAACUUUUUAAAGCAAUUUUUUAAGACUAUCGGGAAUUUUAUAUCAAACACUGGAUAUUUUUAGAUUAAUUUCGAGUAUAGGACGCACCUGAAUUUUGGAGGCAAUUUUUCAAAGAAAAAAGUGCGUCUUAUAGUCCGUCAAAUACGGUAAAGAAAAGACAUACCCAUCUUAGUUACGCCUCUUUCCACUGGCACUGCCCUCCACCCCCACCCCCGAAAAUCUGAAGAAGCGCCCCUCUCUUUCCACCGGAGGAAAUUGAAAGAAACACCGAACGAAUCCCAUACACGUGGAGUUGUCUUGUUAUUUUUGCUUAUGUCUAUGCUUUUGCUGGGAUAUGAACUCCAGUCCACAAGCUUGGGAUAUCACUCAGAUUAGACCGCCGAAUAAACAACCUUUAAACAACAUUGAAAACCUUUCAUUAAUUAAAUGUACCCAUUGUAUUUUUACAGUUGCAAGAAAUGUUUCUGCGAACGCUGUAUCCAACUGUGUUACGAUACCUUGGAACAAAAUGAAACCCGGCCGUCCGAGUUAAGGGUCAGUUCGGCCAAUGAUUCAACAAAUCUUUAUUUGUUUAUUUCACUCAUUCAAUUUGAUUUUAAAAAAAAAAGAAACUAAAAAAUCUACAAUAUCAAGGUUGGGUACAUGCAGAAACGCAAUUACGGUAACAUUAUCAGUCGUUCAUUCUUCAUUCAUCUAGUGCAGUGGUUCUCAAACUUUCUAAUGCCGCGACCCUUUAAUACAGCUCCUCAUGUUGUGGCGACCCCCAACCACUAAAUUAAUUUUGUUGAUACCUUAUAACUAUAGAGCAUUUGUGUUUUCAGAUGGUCUUAGGCGACCCUCAUAAAGGGUCGUGCAACCCCAUAAGGGGUCGCGACCCACAGAUUGAGAACCGCUGUUCUAGUGUUCACUGUAAUGUUCAUGACUAAACAUUCGUUCACUUACUUCCCCAUUCAUUUAAUUACUCUCAUCCACGUACUCUCUCAAUCACUUACUUCCCCCUUCAUUUACAUACUCUCAUCCACGUACUCUCUCAUCAAUUACUUCCCCAUUCAUUUAAUUACUCUCAUCCACGUACUCUCUCAUCAAUUACUUCCCCAUUCAUUUAAUUACUCUCAUCCACGGACUCUCUCAAUCACUUACUUCCCCCUUCAUUUACAUACUCUCAUCCACGUACUCUCUCAAUCACUUACUCCCCCCUUCAUUUACAUACUCUCAUCCACGUACUCUCUCAUCAAUUACUUCCCCAUUCAUUUACUUACUCUCAUACACGUACUCCCUCAUUCACUUACUUCCCCCUUCAUUUACUUACUCUCAUCUACGUACUCUCUCAAUCACUUACUUCCUGCUUCAUUUACUUACUCUCAUCCACGUACUCUCUCAAUCACUUACUUCCUCCUUAAUUUAGUUACUCUCAUCCACGUACUCUCUCAUUCACUUACUUCCCCUUUCAUUUACUUACUCUCAUCCACGACCUCUCUCAAUCACUUACUUCCUCCUUCAUUUACUUACUCUCAUCCACGUACUCUCUCAAUCACUUACUUCCUCCUUCAUUUACUUUCAUCCACGUACUCUCUCAAUCACUUACUUCCUCCUUCAUUUACUUACUUUCAUCCACGUACUCUCUCAAUCACUUACUUCCUCCUUCAUUUACUUACUUUCAUCCACGUACUCUCUCAAUCACUUACUUCCCCCUUUUUACUUACUCUCAUCCACGUACUCUCUCAUCAAUUACUUCCUCCUUCAUUUACUUACUCUCAUCCACGCACUCUCUCAUUCACUUACUUCUUCCUUCAUUUACUUACUCUUAUCCACGUACUCUCUCAAUCACCUACUUCCCCCUUCAUAUAAUUACUCUCAUCCACGUACUCUCUCAAUCACUUACUUCCCCCUUCAUUUACUUACUCUCAUCCAUGUACUCUCUCAUCAAUUACUUCCCCCUUCAUAUAAUUACUCUCAUCCACGUACUCUCUCAUCACUUACUUCCGCCUUCAUUUACUUACUAUCUCAUCCACCUACUCUCUCAUUCACUUACUUCUUCCUUCAUUUACUUACUCUUAUCCACGUACUCUCUCAUUUAUACUUUCCCCUUCAUUUACUUACUCUUUUCCACCUACUCUCUCAUUCACUUACUUCCUCCUUCAUUUACUUACUCUCAUCCACGUACUCUCUCAAUCACUUACUUCCCCCUUCAUUUACUUACUAUCUCAUCCACGUACUCUCUCAAUCACUUACUUCCCUUCCCCCUUCAUUUACUUACUCUCAUCCACGUACUCUCUCAUUCACUUACUUCCUUCUUCAUUUUCUUACUCUUAUCCACGUACUCUCUCAUUCACUUACUUCCUCCUUCAUGAACUUACUCUUUUCCACCUACUCUCUCAUUCACUUACUUUGUCCUUCAUUUACCUACUCUUAUCCACGUACUCUCUCAAUCACUUACUUCCUCCUUCAUUUACUUACUCUCAUCCACGUACUCUCUCAAUCACUUACUUCCUCCUUCAUUUACUUACUCUCAUCCACGUACUCUCUCAAUCACUUACUUCCUCCUUCAUUUACUUACUCUAAUCCACGUACUCUCUCAAUCACUUACUUCCUCCUUCAUUUACUUACUCGCAUCCACGUACUCGUUCAUUCACUUACUUCCUCCUUCAUUUACUUUUUCUCAUCCACGUACUUUCUCAUUCACUUACUUCCUUCUUCAUCUACUUACUCUUAUCCACGUACUCUCUCAUUCAUUACUUCCUCCUUCAUUUACUUACUCUCAUCCACGUACUCUCUCAAUCACUUACUUCCUCCUUCAUUUACUUACUCUCAUCCACGUACUCUCUCAAUCACUUACUUCCUCCUUCAUUUACUUACUCUCAUCCACGUACUCGUUCAUUCACUUACUUCCUCCUUCAUUUACUUACUCUCAUCCACGUACUCUCACAUUCACUUACUUCCCCCUUCAUUUACUUACUCUCAUCCACGUACUCUCUCAAUCACUUACUUCCCCCUUCAUUUACUAACUCUCAUCCAAGUACUUUCUCAAUCACUUACUUCCUCCUUCAUUUACUUUCUCUCAUCCACGUACUCUCUCAAUCACUUACUUCCUCCUUCAUUUACUUUCUCUCAUCCACGUACUCUCUCAUUCACUUACUUCUUUCUUCAUUUACUUACUCUUAUCCACGUACUCUCUCAAUCACUUACUUUCUACUUCACUUCAUCCCCCGUUCACUUACUUUCUCAUUCACUUACUUCCUCCCUCACUUACUCCCUCAUUCCCUUAUUCUCUUAUCCACAUCCUUUCUUAUUCAUUUACUCCAUCAUUCACUUAGGCUCUCCUUUACUUACUCUCUCAUCCACGUACUCUCUCCUUAACUUAAUUCCUCCGUCACUUACUCCCUCAUUCUCUUACUCUCUCAUAAACAUUCUUUCUCAUUCACGCUCAAAUUCGCUUAUUCUGUUACUCUCCUACCUUCAAAAACUUCAUUUUCUAUCUUAAUUUGAAUUGGUUGGGUGACUAUGGAUUCUAAGAUACCGAGUACUCUAGGCACUCAAUGAUUCUAGUCUCUAGACCCAUACAAAGAUCUAGAAGCCCCAGAUAUUUUGGAUCACAAAGACUCAAGAUGCAUCAUGAUACUGCACGCUUUCAUGUUAAUAUCCCCUGCUCAUGUCAUUUGCCCCGGGAGGCAACUCAUAGACACAGCCUAAUUAUGUUAAAUUAUGUACGUCUUAGAUUUGUGGAGCGUGUAGGGACGAGGUUGACCGCCAAUCGUGCAGGGGAGCAACUCGUGGUCUGUGGUCAGAAUUUCUUAGAUUUAGAGCAGAGGCAAGGGCUGAACAUGGGAAGCCACUCACAACCUUAAAUCCCGGCAAGCAACCAGAGUUGCCGAACAUGUAAGUACGUCUACACUUUAAUUGUUCCGUUUAUAGCUAAGCUGACUUAAUUUGUAUUGUGCCAUAGCAGAGUAUUUUUCAUUUCUCAUAAACACAGUUUUAAGCUCCAAAGAAUAUAAUUUUGGUCUCUUAGCCGGAGGAAGGGAUGGCAUUGGGGGGGGGGGUGGUGCUGUUUGGCUUUCAAAAUAUAAGUUUUUGGGAAAUCCGAUUUGUUUCUUAAGCAUGAGAAAAGGUCUUAAGCAAGCACAAAAGGCCCUAACUGCACACUUGCUUGACUGAAAGGCAUAUCUGAGCUAAAAUUCACGACUCUCUCCAUUCCCAACAACACCCCACUAACUCUAUUUCAGUCUCAGCUGACCGACCUAGUGUUUGCUAUAGUAAACUGACACGCGAAGCGAUUGGCCUAACUUUUUGAUACUUCUAUUCUAUAUUGAAUUUGCACGUUGUUUGUUAGUUUUUUUUUCAAAAUAAGUAAUAAUAUUAAAAUAUCUCAUUUACAAAAAAAAAAAAAAAAAAAAAAAAAAAAUUACAAUAAUAAGUAGUGAUGAAUUAAUUCUAUUAACUUUUUGUGAUAAUCAACAACCGGUUGUUUCUAAAGCUAAACUAUGGAAUGUUAGCGCCUAGCCCCUUUAAAUGGACCUUUAAUCACUGAACACGUUUGCGUAGUUACAGAUGACAUUCAAAACAGUCGCUCAGUAAAAAUGCAGACGUUUGGAACUACUUAGCGCUGCACGACUGCUAGUACUAAUACCAAACUGAGCUAAGAAACUGAGGGAGAGUUCUAGCAAUAGACUUCAUCUGUCACUAAUAAUCUAAUAAUAGGUCAUCUGACAAUGUGUAGAAAAGUUGAGAAUGCAUUGUAAAAAUCGAUAAACUUACAUCGCAUCAGUUUGCAGAAAAAAAUUAACACUCCUUUUUUACUCAUUUUGCUCGGGGGGGGGGGUACUUGACUUUGUAUAUGUCAACAUAUUAUCAAAACAUGUUAUAACAUAUCAAAACAUGCAUAACAUAUUAUCAAAACAUGUAUAGGUCUAACAUUAUCAAAACAUGUAUAGCAUAUUAUCAAAACAUGUAUAACAUAUUAUCAAAACAUGUAUAACAUAUUAUCAAAAAAUGUAUAACAUAUUAUCAAAACAUGUGUUAGGAUUUUUUUAACCCCCUUUCCCCUGCCCCAACGUGAAGGCUUGACGUCAGUCCCGGGUUACAGAAUUUGUGUCUCGAAUUUAUGACGGAACUUCAUCAUCAGCUGGAGAAACAGUCCAAAAACUCUUUUCUAUCGAGUUAUCUCCACUUGAACAACACAGGACAACGCCACAAUAAGGUGACGUCAACGAACGUAAUACAGUUUUCAACCAAUAUAUUUAUAUUCUAGACUUUGAUGUGCGUGUGUGUGCUGGUGGGGGCGGGGGAGACAGAUUGUUAAGGAUGACGACUAGGGAUGGGGAGGACUGGGUGUCUAGCUGGGGGAGGGGGGUUAAUCACUAUUUUGUCCAACGCCAUUAAUUUGGCACAUGCUUCGUCUCUAGGGAGGACUGCGCCAUUUUGCUUGGGAUCAUAAUUUGUUCGGCGAAGACGGGUUUUGCAAACACGUGGUGUUUUUCAUCAAUUUUUCCUUAACUACGUUUUCCAUAUUUCACUAAUAUUACAAUUUGAUCGGAAACUCCUCCAUAAUGUUCUUUACAAAAUUUUGUAAACGUACCAAUCGCUCGCCUCUGUACUUUUACUAAGGUCAAGCCUGGUUCAUUCUCUUAGCGAGUAUUCCCUUGUUUUGGGGCUAGGAUGCAUUGACGGCAGUUCGGAUACCUGCUGCUAUCGCGCCUAUCAAAUAUCAAAGUAGGAUCAACUUGUGCAGUUGUUCGUUCUCUUCCGAGUCACUACACUCUGGUGUUGGCGUUUCGGUUUCCACAAUGGAUCGCUUUACCCGGCCCAGGCUUAUUAGUGUGCACCCACCUGGCUCUCGCGCUGUGUUUCCACCUGAUCGUGGAAUGGGCCACAUUACCAUGUCUUAAGACUGAGAUAGGUGACUGGUAAGUUUUUAUAAGGCAAUUACUGCCGAGCGGCCUCAGUUUUUGCCAAAGCGUCCACUUUUUGUAUGCACCUCCUAACUUCUACUUGACCUUUGGAUGAUGUCGCGUCCUAGAUCAGUAGGAUGACCGGAGUUAAGAUAAAAAUUGGUGACAUAAUUUGGGGAACACAAAAUCUAUCAACGCAGAUUGAACGAAUUUUGACAUAACUCCAAUGGCUGAUAUUAAUACAUACAUAAAUAUAUAUUUAGGACCAGUCGAAUGCUCUUAAUUUUUAUCGUUGACAUAGUUUAGUUUAAACUCUCACAGCAGUCCAACAAGAAAGUCAAGGAAUGCCAGUCAUGUCGACGGCCAUUGUCUGUACUGACGGAGAUAAGAGACUGUGCCUUGUGUGACAAGCCGUUCUGUAUAAUGUGCAUCUACAAGACACUUCAGCUGUAUCUGCCGUUGGGGACUGACCUGAAGGGGCACCUGGACAUCCAGCAAAUCAAAUUCCAUGUACUAGCAGACAAGCAGGUGCGUCGAUGGGAGUAGUAGCGACCCCUCAUGGGUCACUUGAAAAUAUACCCGGUUUCGCUAGAGAAAUUUAGAAAUACAUUUUUUAAGCGAUAACUUUGCAAAUGUUAUCAAUGGGAUCAAUUCAUUUAAUAAGGCUUUAGAGCUACUGGUUUAUUGUGUAAAGUGUUUUUGUUGUUUUGAGAUUUACACAUAUCUGAUGAUAAAUAUUGAAUACUUUUAUAGCGCUUGUGUCAAUGCUAAUUUUGCAUGCUCAAAGCGCUCUGAUGUCCUAAAAUAUAUUUAAAGAACAAGUCUUCAAAUGUUUCUUUAAUGAUUUUUAAAAUCAUUUUCUAUUUCCAUUAAAAAUUGAGGCAUACUGUUCCAUAAUUUAGGUGCUAUAGAUUUAAAAGAGUACACUCCGUAUUACCUCUUUACUACCAGUAGGUUCUUUAGAUAUACAUGUUUAGAAAUCAGUUCUUUAAGGUAUUUAGGCGUAGAGCCUUCUAUACAGCUCCACGCCAGGAACAUAAGUUUGUUAAUCAAUGUUCUCAUGUACUUUCGAUAAUUUUUUUUACACUUUUCUUUCAAUUGAACGAUUCCAGAACGAAAUUGAGGGUAUUGAGGCUAGUGAGACGUACCGUGUCUGUGUAGAUUGUGAAGAUCUAGUAGGGAGGAACUUGAAAAUUCUAGAAUUCAACAACAAAAUCGUGGAGGUAGAGCAAGAGAUGUUUGAUUUACAGCGACAGAUAGACCACGCCCUCUCAUAUGUAAGUUUAAAUUUAAGUCAGUUGGCCACGUCAUCUCAUAAUAUAUAAGUUAAACCGUGUUAGUUUGCCAUGCCACUAGUAUAGUAUGUAGAUUUGGGUUAGGAUUUUAAGGGUUCAUUAAGGCGCAAAGGAAUAUAAAGAUUAAUUAAGGCGAAUAGGUUUUAAUAAGCAAAGCUAACUAGAGCGUCUCGCCUUGCACCAGAGUCGCGUCCGCUCCAAAAGGAAGAAUAGCCAGUAGGUCUUUCUAAGAGUUUACCUUUGCCAGAGAGUCUGGUUUCCCUUAGGUCGGCGAUGUCUAUGUUGUAUCUGGCAAGUACACAGGCAAUGAGCUCUGUGCAUCGUUGAGGUCUGUUUGUAGUAUCCAUGACAAGCAGGGUGCGGAUAUUCCAUGUGGCAAUUUUAAGUGAAAUAUAGUUUAUCUUUGUAUUUCCACCACGAAAUUGGGUCACCGCUGACCGCAGUUAGCCGGCUAAGGUGUGAAGGAGCAGAUACUUUGUGGGGCACCUUUCUAGCCUCUUCCUAAUGCAUGGCGGUGAGUAAUGCUGUCCUGAAAAGGAUUGCUCAGACACCCAGGUAGCUGCCAAACUCCACUUUUGCUCCGAUCAGUGAAGAGCGACCCUAUAGCCUGAGUCCCCUGUGUGCAGGCUUGCAGCUUCGACUCUCAGUGCACCACACCUGUCGCUUCGUCGCUUACCCAUUGCACGGCGUCGACCACGCUCUCUUGUCCGGACCCACCCGUGUCCAGGGCCAAGACUAAAUCAAGACGACAGGAGAUGGGUACUAAUGCAGAGGUUGACAAAGAUGUUCAGCGUGCUUCAUCUUGCUCUACACACUCCACGGUGUGUGGCUUUAAUCGCCUUCAACUCCGUUGAACCGAGGUGGUCUCCUCCGCAAGAUACGUCGACGUCCAGGCUUUGCAUGCAGUAUAUAGGUAGACCUUAUUCACCGAGGGUUUGAGGCCUAUCGGCUCCACUCACCUGUUAUUUUCUUCUUUCCAUAUUUGAGGGCCCAUGAUCAAUUUAUUGAUCAUUGUUGCUCCUGGUUUGACUUCAGAGUUUGCCUUCUCUUAGAAGAGUUGCCUUCCAAGGCUAACGAGUCCCAUCCACCCGGGGUGCUUGAGAUGAUGGCUUUGGUGGGGAUUGAACUCCAGACCACCAGCUAUUUGGAUUGAGUCAGUUUAGACCCAGCCGACCAGUGGAAGCCGUUGCGCAGGGAAUGCCCGCUGUUGCAUGCUAAAAGCUACGGGGAAUCACAGGUGAAAUUUGAGGGACAGCAGAGGACCAAGGUGGACAAACUGGUCCUAGGAGCACUACGUGUUCCCCCAUCCAAGGUAAUACCUCUUCCUGUAUACCCCAUUAUAGCACGGGACGGUUGUAUAGACGUGUCUUGUGUAACCUUCUAGUAGUAUAAUUAAAAUGUUUAAAAAUAUUGAAAAUUGAGUAUUUCUAAAUCUAGGUUUAGGGUUCUUGUGGCCCACGAUCAAUGUAUUGAUCAUACUGGCACCCAAUUAGUGAUCUUAUAGGGUUAUAUUUUGAGAGGCUCUCAUUGCGUGGGCGUCAGUAGUCAUAAGGGUUUGUAUUUUAAAUCUUUUUUUUCUCGAAUAUUUAAACUGUCUUGUAGUAUGAUAAUUUUAUUUAAGCUGAUUGAGUGGUUCUUAACAUGGGGUUGUGGGUCACUAGUGUUAAGGGGUGUAUUUUAAGUUUUUAUUUUUUAAAAAAUAUUUUAAAAAUAAAUUAUCUUGUAGUUUGAUACUUUUAUAUACGUUUAUUGAGUGGUUCUCAAUGUGUGGGGAUUCAGUUAUCAUAAGGGGUAUUUUUUCUUUUGUCUUCAUUGCAAAUAAUUAUCUUGUAGUAUGAUUAUUUUAGAUGAGUUUUUAUUGUGUUCUCAAGCUUGGGUACGGAUCACUAGUCAUAAGGGCGGGUUGUAGUAUGAUGGCUUUGAUUAAGUUGAUUGGCAUUACUGCGCAUGGCAAGCUUUGACCGUGACAGACAGUAACAGACGGACAAACAGUCGCCAUCGCUUAGAUAUUUGAAAACUUCUGUUCCUUGAACCUCUGCACACGGUUUUGUCUUGUUAUCUCUAAUGAUCCUGAGCUUGAGAAAAAGCACAUUGUUGUCCAGCAAUAAUUUGACACCAGCUUAUUAUAUUUUGUUUGCGCCUAAAUGACCACCAAAAAUUCUUACUCAAAUCUACAUACUUUAUUACUCAUGCCCUUUUCUCUUAUGUACAUUUAACCGUCGUUCAGUUGGUCACUCUUUCUCAAAUUUAAGUUUAUUUUUUGGUCAGUUGGACACGACCUCGUUCGUCAUCUUUCUACAAACAGACGCCCUCUCUUAAAUACUGCGCCUUUGGGAUGAUGAAUCUUUACAUCUCAUUCAGUGGACCAAGUUAAAAAACUGUUACUACUCUAGCAAAAUUCAUAUCGAGAAAGAAUUUUACUAAACUUGCCAUAACAACAACGCAAAAGCUGAUGUGAUGUAUCUAAUAUGAUAGACAUCCCAGCAUAUAAUCAAAAUCUGACACAAUCAAAUAAGUACGAAACUAAUGCAAUGGAGAACAAAUUAAUGUUGAUAAUCUUCUCUAUCACCGAUCAUUUUAAAAAAAAAAUGCUGUAAGAACUUAUUCAUGCCAUUAGACUAUAAAGAUGUUGCAAAAAUGUACUAAAUUAUUUAUGCUUUAAGAUUAAACUCUGACCGAGUGGUCUAAACUGAUCAAAUCUCAAGUUGGUGGUCUGGAGUUCAAUUCCAGUCCAGCAAAAAAAACAUCACCAGCACCCCGGGUAGAUGGGACUCGUUAACCUUGGAUGGCAACUCAACUAAGAGAAGGAAACCCUGAAAUCAAACCAGGAGAUGGAGUCCCGAAAAGCGGCUAACAUUGGUACAAGGAAACAUUCCGACAUUUCCAAAUGAUGUUCCCUUGGGUUAUCCAGCGGCGUGGAGAGAGGCGAUUUGCUGUUGGGAACCAGCUUAUAAUCCUUGAAGAAAUAAUCCCAGCCCUUGUGGAUUUCGUCCGCCGAAGCCCACACCAUCGUCACACUGUGAUGGACGGAUGCCAGCAAAAAAAAAAUAAAAAAUAUUAAACUCAUGCUGUAAACAAUACUCAUGAAGUAAAACUCUUUCUGAAAUAAUGGACGAAUCUUCUAAUAAUGUUUAAAUGUUGUGAUACCAUACCAUGCUUUUAUUUCUUUACAGGACCCACAUUUUUACAGAAUGCAGCGCUCUAGAUCUGCCAUGAGUAUCAAUCACAUGACUGAAUUAGACGACAUGGUAUGUACAAUCCAGGGAAGGGUUAUCUUCUUAUUAGACAUGGAGCACUUGGACCAAGAGCUAUCAACUCAAUACAAUGAAAUUUAAUGAUAAAAAUCUAACAAUCAACAAGUUAAACUAACAAAAAUUGCACACUUCUCAGAUUUUACUAACAAAAAUCUAAAACUCCACAUAUUUUAUGUGCAAAAACUAAAACUACAAAUUUCGCGGGUUAAGCACAUUUUCUACGGAGGCGCAAGAUAAAAUAAAAUUGUUGACCCUACAUAGCUAAAAAGAAAUAUAUCUUAAAUUCUAUUUAUUGCUUAUGUUAUUUAUCAAUAAGGCAAGAGAAUAUUUUAUAACGUGAAGAUCAUGCAAGUGUAACGCAAGCAAUGAGAAAACACAAACGCUGAGAUCUCUUGUUUUGUUUAGGUUUUAGAAGCCGCAAAAAAUAUCUAAAUUUUUUGCGGACAUAGGUAAGCUCUUACGGACUUCUACGGACAAGUAUUGUAGGUUGCAUUUUCACGGAUUGUCCGUAAAUUUAGGGACGGGGGGCAACCCUGCUAGGCAGUUUCCCUUGUAAUCCUUGUCAACUAAUAACGACUGCAUGCAGAGCAACUUUUUGAGCCGGCCGCUAGUUUUGCUUGUGUGCACUCUACAUUUAAAAAUGAUGGCCUAUUAAAAAAAAAAAAAACACAGCUUUGGGCUCUUGAAAUAUCCGAGUCUCCUUGCAACCGCACGUGUUGCAGAGACCAACGCCACGUCUGUGCCUUCAUGUUAAACUAUUGCAAUAUAAUCUUGAAUUUUCGAAACUUCUUGUUAAAUUACGUCAACUUGCCCAAAUCGAAUAAUUUAAAUAACAAGUUAAACCUGAACAAUUUCAUGAUCCAUUAGGUAAGUCACUUCCCGAAUGAAGUAGAGAAUAAAGUUUCUUUGUUUAAUGUCAACUCUUUAAUUUUUUUUAAUAUAAUUGCAGUGGCGUAGGAAGUGAGGAUGGUCCAGGCCGGGCGAUACUUAUUCUCAUUAUAUGGAGGGAAGGAGUUUUCGGCAAAUUGCAGAUAUUUUUUCGUGUAAGGUCGCAGGCCGCAAAAUCUCGACACUGAGCCAACUAGGCAACUGUAUACGUAAUUAGGCAACUGUAUACGUAACUAGGCAACUGUAUACGUGUAUUUAACUCUAACUUAUCCUCAGACCGGUAAUCUGAAAAUGGCCAACAAGCUUUACGACCGUUACACGAGGACCUACGACAGCCUCACUCACAUGGCCCCAGAAACCCAGGGGCAGAAGGCUUUACAUAAACACAUCAAGCAGGUAAAAAUAAGUUCAUUUGGGUCCAACGGUAAAGAGACAAAAGCCUUAUUGGCUCCCACUUUUGGGUUGUUGAAAAAAAUGAACUGGCAAAGUAUAUCAUUUGAAGUACAAGGUAACCAUUAAAAAGUACCAAAUUUAAUAAUUGUGCUAAAAACAUGUUUUUCCCCUCAAUGUUUAAAAGGAUUCAUAUUUGUUUAGGAUAAAACUGUCGCAAUAACAUUUUGAAACUAAGCUAAUUUCAUCGUCCGUAUAAGUUCCCAAGGGGACAGAACUGUUAAAAAGGGAAGUAAUAUGAAACUAGAUUUUUUAAGUACCGGUAACUAAAUGUCAUCCAUAAUAAAUAUUAUAAUUAUAAGUUGUUAGUUUAUCUGCCAGUUAAAUAUUCAUGAAAUAAGUGAACAAGCUCUAUUUUACUGUCAUAAGAAACAUGGCCCAUCUGCAAUAAAACGUUCAUGAAUUUUGUGAAUUGUCUCCCAUUCAAUGCCCAUUGUAUCAUUUAAUCCUUCAAUUUCAUGGCAAACAAUUCAGUACAACUGUCUAUCUAUAAUACAUGCCAUGUCUGAUAUGGCAAACAAUUCAGUACAAAUAUCUAUCUAAAAUACAGGCCAUGUCUGAUAUGGCAAACAAUUCAGUACAACUGUCUAUCUAUAAUACAGACCAUGUCUGAUACGGCAAACAAUUCAGUACAACUGUCUAUCUAUAAUACAGGCCAUGUCUGAUUUCAUAUCAAUUCAAUAUAUCCAUCAAUUCAAUCUAUCCAUUCAAUAUAUUUAUCAAUUCAAUCUAUGAAUUCAUUACAACUCUCUAUAUUCAUUUUAGGCCAAGUAUGAAUGUUAUUAAUUAAACCCAUCCUUCAAUUCAAUAUAUCUAUCAAUUCAAUCUAUGAAUUCAGUACAACUCUCUAAGUCCAUUUUAGGCAAUGAAUGAUUACUUUUAAUUCAAUCCAUCCUUCAAUUCAAUAUAUCUAUCAGUUCAGUUCAAUCCAUCUAUAAAUUCAGAACAACUCUCUAUGUUUAUUACAGGCCAUGUAUGAAUUCUAUCUGAAGAGAAGAAGUCAGCUGAGAUCCUCGCUUCGACGCCGGGACUCAUGUCUUAGUUUGAAUACUGAUCUUCGCUGAUCCCCCCCCCCUGCUCCCACCCCAACUUUCCCAAAACACGCCAACAAAAUAUCAACAUUUGUUAUUAUAGGAUAUGAGUUAUCAGUCUAGUUGGGGAGAUGAUCCAGUAAAAAGCGCCAGGCAACUCAUUCUUCAGUAAUCCUGAUUCAGUUGCAAGACAGGUAUCUGGACAGUUACCGCUCUUUAAUAGCGACUUUCGAUAAAGAUGGCGUCGUGAGACGGAAAGAAAAUAAAUAUUUCUUUCUUUAGAGAAAGAUGCCAUGACGUGAAGAUGUCCAAAUCUUGGCAGCGCAACUGUCACGUUUGAUCCUAUUUGAAAAACUCGUACCGUUGUCUUCAGCGGGACAUGUGAUUGUCUAAACUGUAUGGCACAUUUAAUUUGUUGCUGUUAAUUGAUUGUGCUCAAUAAUGAAGUGUGCACAUUAUGGUAAUGUGUUGAAAAGUUGAUUAUAGCACUAAAAUCAUGUCAUAUUUUGUUGACUCACAAUUUUCCCCAUAGCUUCAAGCAGAGGCAUAGCUAGAGUUUGUACCGCCCGUAGCGAGACAAGCUUUUCGCCAUUCACUUCCAAGAAAAAUCUCUGAAGGUGGCCGAAAAUGGCACCACUCAAUAUAAGAGAAAAAAAUGUGCCGAUUGGGCACUCACCCUAUUCCUAUGCCAAUAGUUUCAGUGUAAUCUCUUUGACUGGUUUUUUAACUGUUGUGCCACAUGACACAAGCAUUGGCCUCAUCCCUUUAAAGACAGUGUCAAUAACUGACUUGAUUUAGUGCCCGAGGAUGGCAGUUAUAUCAGAAUUUUGAAAAAGAAAACACAAUAUGUAAUCAAGCCUUUAAUUUUGAUCAAAUAGAAAGGAAAUAUCAAAACUACAUCGAAUAAUUCAAUUAUCGAAUGACGUCAUUUCAUAAAAUAAUUUACAGCUAUAAAGAAUGCAAUUAAAAUAUAUUUAUCAA